GUCAACGUGCUGAUGAAAUAAGAAGUCAUUUCGCUAGAGAUAAAAGUCUUUCACGAAGACGUAGUAUUACCAAUAAUCGUGCUGCAAGAAUGAGUAAAAGGAGUGGUUUACUCAGACAAAUUACUCCAAAUAAUGUACCUAUGGAAAUGUCUUGUUCAAUAGAAUCUAGACCUUCAUCUCCAUUUAGUAUGAGACAUUCUCGAACUACUUCUCUGCAGACUAAGACAGAAAUAAGUUCAGUUUCCCUUCAACAUAUGAGGCAAUUGCUACGUCAAUUUUUAAAAGAAUCUGAAAUAGAUUUAUCUGAAGGUUGGGAAGAUGUAAUAAUGGAUUUAAUGACAAAAGUUGCUGAUAAUUUAAAUCCAAAUGUUCGUAAUGGUGAUGAAAUUGAUAUUCGACAUUAUGUAAAAAUUAAAAGAAUUCCUGGUGGUACACCUCAAGAUUCUGAAUAUAUUCAUGGUGUUGUAUGUUCAAAAAAUCUAGCACAUAAACAAAUGCCGAGAAUAAUUCAAAACCCUCGAGUUCUUAUUUUAACUUUUGCUUUGGAAUAUCAUCGCGUAGAGAAUCAAUUAAUGUCUCUGGAUCCAGUAAUUGCUCAAGAAGAGGAGCAUUUACGUCUCUUAGUCAAUCGAAUUGCUGCAUUACGUCCUCAUUUAGUUUUAGUUGAAAAAACUGUUGCUCGUAAGGCUUUGCAAAUGUUAUUAGAAAAAAAUAUCGCAGUAGCACUGAAUGUUAAACCUUCUGUUAUUGAAGCUGUCGCUCGUUGUGCACGAGCUGAUAUUCUUCAAUCUAUUGAUAAGCUUGCCUUAGAACCAAAAUUGGGAAAUUGUGGAACAUUUUUGGUUAAAACUUUUGAUCAUCAACUUAUUCCAGGACGACGAAAGACAUAUUUAUUCUUUGAAAAAUGUCCUAAAGAUUUAGGUUGUACUAUUGCUUUACGAGGAGGAAAUAUAGAAACUCUUGAAAAAGUAAAACGUAUCGCUGAUCUCAUGGUAUUCGUGGUUUAUAAUUUAAAAUUAGAGACUGCUUUAAUAAUAGAUCAAUUUGCAAGAACUCCUGAUUUUAUUGAACAAGUUAAUUUUAGUAAUGAUGAUUAUUUUUCUCCUAAAUGUGAUGAAUUGGAUCCCUUAAAAAUAUAUGAAACAACUAUACUUUCAGUGUCUCCAUUUAUUAAAUUUCCACCACCUUAUUUAUUGACAAGAAUGAAACAAGCUGAAAAAAAGCUUGGAGAUUUGAUACAGAAACGUAAUUGGCAUUCAGCUAAAGACAAUGAUAAGCCACAUUCGUCAUCUUCUGCUUCUGUCAGUCUUUCAGGCAUUUUACGUACCCCUGAGCAAGUUAUAGCUGAAGCAGAAUUCGCUGAUGCUGCCCAGGAUCAUAUGUUUCAAGUGCGCGCUUGGGAAUCCUAUGAAUAUAAUAACGUUGUUAGUCCAUAUGCACAUCAAAAUAUAUCAGUAUUGUUUUCUAAAGUUUGCACUGUAAAUUCAACACCAUGUGGUGAUCCCGAGAUUUUGGUUAUGGAAUAUUAUCGUGAAUCUGAUCGUACACUUGGGCAAUAUUUAGAAGAAAUGAGUUCAAGAUCCGCUUAUUUAUGCGGUACAUGUGAUCGACCGCUAUUAAUGCAUUAUCACAGUUUUUGUCAUGGAAAUUCACGAAUCACUGUAUAUAUCGACGAAAAUGUAGGGCACCCUCACUUGAACGUGGAUCAAAUUUUCAUGUCUACUCAUUGCAAAAUAUGUAAUGCUGAAACAUCACAAACACCACCAACAUUAAUGAGUGAAGAUACAUGGAAAUAUUCAUUUGGAAAGUAUUUAGAACUUUCUUUUUAUCAAACAGAAGUUAGGGGCCGUCUAGAAAAAUGUUCACAUAAUGUUUUUCGUGAUCAUGAAUUAUAUUUUCAUCUUAAUAAACAUACGAUUAGAUUUCAACAUGAACCAAUUGAACUUUUAGAAGUAUAUGCACCACCUAUGAAUCUUUAUACAAAACCUGAAGUUCACAUUCGUCUUAAAAAUCAUGAUUUAGAUUCAAUUCGACAUAAAAUUUCUAAAUAUUGGGAUUCAGUAGCUGAUAGAAUAAAAAAUUUCAAUUUUGAGAUUGUUCAACCUGAUAAGGUUGAAAUGUGUAAACAAGAAUUAUUAGAAAUGUCUCGAAGAGUUGUGACAGAAAAGAAAUUUAUGCUUCAAAAACUUCAACAAACUUAUGUUAAUAGUCCACCUGAAGAUACCUUAGCAUUAAAUAAUGUAUUAUGCGUUCUUCAGGAUAAAGUUGCAGCUUGGGAUAAAGAUUUUAAUGAUAUUGCUCGACAGUAUUUCCGAUUAACUGCGAAACAGCUAAGGAGAUUUUUUGUUGAUAAUCAUGAAGCGAUUACUUUACGUGGUUAUUCGAAUUCAUUUUUCGAUGAAUUGCCACUAAUAAGUAUGGAUCUCGACACUAUAUUAGACUCUUCUAAGUCUGAUAAUAUUGGUCCUACAAUUAUUCCAAAGUUAGGAAGUUCACCUACAGUGGAACUUAUUUUAAGUGGACUUAAAGAAUCAGAUUUCUUCCCUGAAGGAGAAAUUGAAAGUCUUGAAAAUGACAUAGAAAAAGUCGCCUCACAAUUAUAUUUAUUUCCGUCCAUGGAUCCAAAGGUUGUUAGGCGUUUAUCAAUGAAAUGGAUGCAAGAAAAUAAAUCAUGGCAAAGGCAAGCGGUAGGCCGUACAGCAUCUGAAUCAAUUUUUCCAGCUAUUAGCGACAAACAAGAGGAAUGUGAUUUUACUCAACCAACUGAAAUACCUCGUAUAGUACCAACUACUGUUAAAAAAAGACACAAUACUUCACCUUCCUUACUCAUGUCUUCAGAUUCGCAUAAUUCGACUGGACGUAGUAGUAAUAGGCAUAGCCGUAUAUUAUUAUCACAAAAAGAUAAAGAAACUAAUGUACAAGAAUAUUCGUCAACUAAAAGGGUACAAGUUCAUCCCAAGAGAAAUCAAAGUGCAACUUCUGAAAAAUCCGGAAUUCCUCGUCAAAAUUCAAAAUAUAGCAGGGCACCGGCGUUUAAACACACACCAUCUGAUAGUUUUGGACUUUCUGCCGUAAGAUCUCAUGAAAAUAAAAAAAGUAAAUUAGCUGGACUUUAUAAACCAAAACAUGCAUUUGAUGAACUAUUGGGAAAUGAAGAAUUUCCUCUAUUACCAGGCCGCGAACCGUCGGAUGAGUCAUAUAUACAUCAUCCUGCAUUAACAUUUUUAGGAAAUGAUUUCAAUGAACCAACUACACCUGUAUCAGAGUCAUUUUCAGGAGGUAGUAGAUAUUUAUUUCAAAAUGAUACAAAUGAUACCUCUAAUGUACAAAGGAUGGUGAGAUCUAUUACGAGUUUUUGGACAGAUAAAAGAAAUUUAGACCCGUUGGUUUAUCCUUUAACUCCGACGGAACAUGUGUUUCCUGAAUCUUCGAUUAUUGUUAGAGAAGAUGAACCAGGGUCAAUAAUAGCCUUUGCUUUGAGUUCAAAAGAAUAUUUGGAUAAAUUGAAGACCAUGCAACAAACCAAUCAAAACCACAAUGAUAUAUCAGAUGAUCGAUUUAGUUCAAAAUCUUCUAAUUUUGUUGCUGAUGGAGACGAAAACAAUGAUGUAGAAGAUUUUCUACUAUCGCACAUGAAAUAUCAAUUUUCCCAUAAUUCUACAACUUUCGUCUGUAAAAUUUAUUGUGCUGAUCAAUUUGAUUCGCUUAGGCGUAAAUGCGGCUGUGAGAGUACUUACAUACAGUCACUUUCACGAUGUGUAAAAUGGGAUUCGAGUGGAGGCAAAUCUGGUUCCGCUUUUCUUAAAACUCGAGAUGAUCGUCUGGUCAUGAAGCAAAUUUCUCGCAAUGAAGUGGAUGCGUUCCUAAAAUUCGCUCCAAAAUAUUUUGAAUAUAUGGCUAAGGCCUUAAUUGAUCUUCCCACUGUAUUAACCAAAAUUUUUGGGUUUUAUCGCGUUUCAUACAAAAAUGAGCAAACCGGAAAAAAUUUAAAUAUCACUUUUAUUGUAAUGGAAAACCUUUUCUAUGAGCGUAAAGUUUCAAAAAUAUUUGAUCUAAAAGGAUCCAUGCGAAAUCGUCAUGUUCAGAGUACUGGGAAGGAAAAUGAGGUUUUAUUAGAUGAAAAUUUACUAGAACUAAUUAUGACCGAAAAUCCAAUAUAUCUUCGAGAACAUUCAAAAAAACUUUUGUAUGAAUCCUUGUUCAAUGAUACGCUAUUCUUGGCGAAGCAUAAUGUAAUGGACUACUCUCUCUUAGUUGGAAUCGAUGAAGAAAAUCAUGAAUUAGUUGUUGGAAUACUUGAUUUCAUACGGACAUUCACAUGGGACAAGAAACUUGAGAGUUGGGUUAAAGAAUCUGGAUUCUUAGGUGGUGGUGGGAAAGAGCCAACCAUUGUUACCCCUCGUCAAUAUAAAAAUAGGUUCAGAGAGGCUAUGAAUAGAUAUUUCCUUAUGGUUCCUGACCGAUGGAUUGACUAUAAACCAUAUCGCAGAGCUGGUCGUAUUAAUUAA